GUAGCAACAUUGCAGUUGCAAUGCGUCAUAGAAAACUGAAGAAAUAAUAUUUCAGUGAAGACAACAAGAAUCGCUACGUUGACAAUUUUAUGUGAUAAUGGCAGACAAAAGGAAAAUUAAAAAACGAAAAGAGGAGUUUGGUGAGCCGCCCGUGUCUGAGAAGCCAACGAGUGAAGAGUACGCUGUCGCGAAAUGGUUGAAGGCUAACGUUCCCACAAAGAAAACCAAAUUCCUCAACCACCACGUCGAAUACUUUACAGGUACAAAGGCAGUAGAUGCACUUCUCACAUCGAAAUGGGCAACCGGAAAGAAUCCAAUCUUCACAACGCGUCGCGAAGUAUCCGACUAUCUCCACCAAAUGCUCGUGCACAAACUGUUCCAUAGAGCAAAGAAGGUACCAGUUAGUGAGCAAGAAUUAAAAGGGAAGUCAAAGAAGAAAGACAUCGAAAAGUCAAGCAAGAGUGGAGAUGAAAAGGAUGGAGAAAAGAGUCAAGCGAGUGCCUGUGAAUCUAAGGACACAAAGGACAACAAAGAGACUAAAGACAAGGAAAAAGAGAAGAAGAAACGUAAAAUCCGUUUAGAAAUGCACAUGGAACAAUUGUUCUUGGACAGUUUGGAUGCAUAUGUAUGGAUCUAUGACCCGAUGCCCUGGUACUACUGGUUGUGUGGAGCGCUUGUUGUCUUCGGUACGAUUGGGGUGUGCAUGUUCCCACUCUGGCCAGCUACUGUACGGAAAGGUGUGUAUUAUCUAAGUGUAGCGGCUGCUGCAUUCCUCGUAAUGAUCAUAGUGCUGGCUGUGCUACGAGUUGUCGUGUUCUGUCUGGUGUGGAUACUGACUCUCUCGCGACAUCACCUCUGGCUGCUGCCGAACUUAACCGAGGAUGUUGGAUUCUUUGCAUCUUUCUGGCCACUUUAUAAGUACGAAUACCGCGGGCCGGGUUCCGAAAGCGAUAAGUCAUCAAAGAGCAAGAAAAAACGUAAGAAAGACAAGCAUUCAGAUGAGGAAGAAGAAAAAACUCCGCUAGUGCAAGCAGAGAAGCCGACCGAGCCAAGCGUUGAGGCAAAACCAAUUCCUCAAGUUGAAACUGUUGAUUCCAAGGAAGAACCACAGGAUCCAGUUUCAAACACAGAUAAGCUCUCAGAAUCUGAGUCGGAGAAUAGUCAACGAUCCUCAACUGAUAGAGACUUUGAGAUGGUAGAGCCAGCGGACUUUGAACCCGAUCCGAAGGACAACACAACAUAGGCAUAGUAAAUAUUAGGUAAUAACUGACUCAUUGGGACAGAUUCGAGGCGAUUUUAUUAUUGUUUUGUAUUAUGAAAAUCUUUAAUUUACUGCAAGAAAUCAUUACAAAGUGCAAGAACCCAUUAUUUAUUAUGGUCUCUUUGUUUAUAUUUUUAUUACUAACACGGUACACAAGAAUAUUAUUAUUAUUAAAAUUAUAAUAUUUGAACUGUAGAAACAUUUGUGUGUGCGUGAUACAAAUUAUUAUAUAAACUUUUUAUUUGCAAAUAAUGAAUUCUUGCAGUAAGCCAACGAAAUGUGCAAUUUUAUAUAUACAAGCAUAAUAUUUAAUUGAAUGAAUCUUUAAUAAAAUUUACAAUAGUGGAGUAUUUUUUUAUUAUAAAUGAAAUCCGUAACAAGUUACGGGAACAGCCUGUAUAUAUCCCACUGCUGGGUAAAGGCCCCCUCAACUAUUUAGCGAGGUAAGGCAAGGAGGAGUUAUACCAUGUAACUCCAAACUUGACAAGUAAUUUAAAAGUAUAUAUUUAUAUUUUUUAAAUUAUGUUGUCACCUUUAUAUCUAUUAAUGUUUAAACUUUUGUAAGAUCUUGGUUUAAUAUAUUGUUCGCUCCUUUCGUCAAUUUAUUGUAAUUGAAUUAACAAAAUUUAUAUAUAUUAAAAAUUAGUUUGUUUAAAUAUUUGACGCUUAAAGAACGAUUUCAUGCUUAUAUUUUCCUGUAACACUUAAUGGGUAUUCAAAGGCGUUUGAAAGUCCUUUGAUAAAUGUAUAAUUAGUAUUUUAAAUUGUCAAAUCAGCGGAAAAAGAUUCUAUAUCAAUUUUUUAAAGUAAAUGAAUCAAAAGAAAACAGUAAAAAUGCAAUUUUAGAACUUUAACAUGGCAACACUAAGUUUUCUCGUUUCAUAUUUUUACAUUUGCAUUUACUUAUAUGUAUGUCGUGAAGCAAGAUCUUGUCUUUAUAUGUUUUAUGUAAUUAUGGAAACAAAUAUAUGUGUGACGUCACGCAUUAGUUAUGAUGUAGUUUGCAUAAUAAUUUCGAUUUGAAGAUUAAAAGAAAUAUUUUAUAUUUUAUGUGGACCAAAUUAUUUAAUUAUGAUUGGACAUGCUACGUCUCUUAAUGGAUUGGAGACUUUUGUGAUGGCAACAAAAAUGUUGGUGACACUAUGGAACAACAACGUAGUACAUAAAAUACCCAAGGGCUGUACUUGAAAAAUCUUAAAAGAAUAAUUGUGGUUUCCUUUUUGUAGCAGAGGAUGAGUAUUUUUGAAAAUGUUACAUUAUCACGUAGAUACGAUAUUAUAAAAUGUAAAUCGGCUUAGUCGUAGCCUUUCGACUUGGAUGCACACACAAUUUCUACUAAACGAUCCAAAAACGAUAUUAUAAGAAUUUCAAUGUUUUUGAUUCGAUCGUUAUGACGUCAACAUUUCAAGGUCAAAUUUGCUUUUUUACGUGUAGCCUUCGAAAGAUGUUUAAGACGCAAAAAAUAUCACUAUCACGUGUAGUUUCAUGAAAGUUAAAAAAUGUAUAUGUUUGUACUUGUCUGUCCCAGUGAGUUUUAUAAAAGUAGCGUGAUUGUUAGUUUCCACAAAUUAUAAAUGAUUUUUUUCAAUAUUCGAAAACGUGAUAUUUUUAGUUUGGGACAUUAAAAAAACUAUUUUGGUGAUCAACUUUUUUUUUUAAUUCAAAUAUAUAUGUAAACAAAUAUUAAACAUAUGACAUGAUGAUAUUUUAGUGUCAUUAAAGAUAGAUAACUAUAUUUAGUGUUUAGAUAAAAUAUUGUGUUGUCUGUGCACAUUAAUAUUGUUAACUUUAUGUUUGUAAUUUAAUAUUUUGGUGCUGUUUAGUUUACGAGUUGAAAAUGACCGUGUAUAAUUAUAUUUAAAAAAAAAAAGUUUUUAUUAGAUUAAAAACAUUAAUUUAAAAAAAAUCGAUAUCAUGAUUUAAAGAAAAAAAAUCAUUAUUUUUUUAAAUUCUUAUUCUAAAACUUGAUAUCGUUUUUUAAUUCUUUUUUUUAUAAAGUGAGUAAACUCGUGUCGUGAAAGUGGACUAUAAUUUUUGGAAUACUUUAAUUUAUUUAACUUUUCAAUACUUAGCGAUUCGUCGGCUUGUCAAUUAUAUGUGUCGCAGAUAUGAUUUCUUGUAAAAUUGUACUUCUCUGUACACUGAGGGUAAGGACUCACGGACCGUUUGUCACGUAGCCGUCGAUGUUGUAAUUCACUGAACUCCGCAAUAUUAAUAGCCAAUCGUAACUUUAAUUGUACUUUUACUGAAGCGUAGUAUUUAUAGUAUAAUUAGAAAUCAAAGUCGCUUAGAGUAUCAAUUUAUAUUAUUCACAUACCUUGUAAUAUGAUCUGAUAAAUUGCACUUAUACUGCGCGGAUAAUGCGCACCGUGAGUACUUAGCUUAGUUUUUGUAAAUAUUUCGUUCUCGUCUCAAGAUCUAAUCAACGUUACACGACGAUGUAUUAUGACGUUGAUAUACGUUAAUCAAAUAAAACUAUAUAAUCUUU